CAUCAAGAUGAGGGCUAUUCAGAGAUCAUUUACCCUGCUCGGAUGGGCAGUUGCAUUCGCUACUUGUGUAAGCGGUUCGCCCAAGAGAUAUGAACCCCCAGAUGUCAUUCACUCCAUCGCCCAACGCGCUAAAGCUGACUUGAUUGACCUUGGGGCUGUUCCGGGUCUGGAUCUAUCUUCUACACUUGAAAGUAUAGCUUCCACAUACGCCGAUGCUGUCACGUCAAAGCUCUCAGCGCGGGCUGUUUCCAAUCUCACUGGACUCAUCGACGUUCAUGCGCAUUGCGUACCAGAUUGGUACCGUGCAAUUGUUCCCAGAACCGGCGGGAAUCCCACACCAUCAUGGAAUGUAACCGGACACCUCGACUUCAUGGCCAGCCAAAGCAUUUCUCAAGCCGUCCUAGCCUUCUCUGCACCGGGUGCAAAUGUAUACCCAGGAGAUCAGGCCGCCACAAUUGCACUUGCGCGACUGAUCAACGAACAAUCUGCAGCAUUUGCUCGGGCCUACCCAGAUAAAUUCACAUUUUACGCUGUCGUCCCGCUACCAUAUACCCCAAAUGCCAUCGCUGAAGCUACAUACGCGCUCGACACGCUCGGAGCCGCUGGUAUUGCGCUCUAUUCGAACUUUGAAGGGCGCUAUCUUGGUGAUUCUGCUUUCAAGCCCUUCUUCGAAGCAAUGAACGCGCGUGGGAGCAGCCAAAUUAUAUACGUGCACCCCACGACACCGUAUAUACGCGUCAACGGCACAUUGAUCGAGGCCAACCCGACUGUAUACCCUACCGGAAACAUUGAAUUCUACUUCGAGACAGCGCGUAUGCUGGGGGACCUUGCCGUUACACAGACCUUGCUGAACUUUACCAACAUCAACUACAUUAUUCCGCACGUUGGUGGUGCGUUUCCUUCGGUCGCCGAUCGGCUUUUGAAGUCAUUCCCAGCAAUUUACGAUCGGACUAUGAACGUCCUAAAGACACGUUUCUUCUGGGAUUCUGCAGGCCCAACGUACUUUCACCAGGUUGGAGGACUCCUGGCUUACGAUAUUUCGACGACAAAUCUCUUUUUUGGGACGGAUUUCCCGUAUGCACCAAUUUUUACGUAUGGCCCAUCGUUGAUUGGUAUUCAGACGUCGCCGUUUGUCACGAAUGCUGAGAGGUCUGGGAUAUUUGCUCAGAAUGCGCGAAGACUGUUUGGCGAACGUAUUCCUUUAUAGGUAGCUUUGAUGAUAAGGUAUGAAAUUCCAAUUUACAGUACAUGAUGUACCUCGCG